AUGAAGUUCUUUGAUUUAUCUGAAGAAGCUGAAUUCAAGUCAAUAAUCACUUCCCAAAACAAAGCAGUAGAUGUUAUAGGAUCCAAGCUAGGUGGUAAAGUAGUUUCCUUUUCAGAUGAAUGGUUCGCCGCUGCCGAGAAUUUACUUAAGCCAAGUGACCCAAUAUGUGAUCGUACUAAAUUUGUUCCCUCAGGAGCGUGGUACGAUGGCUGGGAGACGAGAAGGCAUAAUGAGAUGGAAUACGACUGGGUUAUCAUCAAGAUGGGAGUUGCUGCUGCCCACAUUAUUGGUGGUGAAGUCGACACUGCAUUUUUCAAUGGUAAUCAAGCACCAUUCGUUUCAGUUGAGGCGCUUUAUGACGAGGGUGAAGAAGGUAAUAUAGUGGAGGAUGACUCACGUUGGGUUGAGAUUGUUGAGAAAUUUGAAUGUGGUCCUUCGCAAAGACACCUUUUCAUCAGAAGUAACGGCCUUACUGAAGAAAAGUUCACUCACAUCAAGCUUAAAAUGUACCCUGAUGGAGGGAUUGCCAGAUUUAGAUUAUACGGAAGAGUGGUUCCUCCAGAAUUAAAAACCAAAAAUCAUGUAAUUGAUUUGGCUUAUGUUUGCAAUGGUGCUGUGGCUUUGGAAUGUUCUGACCAACAUUUUGGUUCAACUGAUAACUUGUUGCUGCCAGGACGAGGUCAUGAUAUGUCUGACGGCUGGGAAACCAGAAGGUCAAGAGAACCAGGCCAUGCUGAUUGGGUCAUAAUUCAACUUGGCAGAGAAUCAACCUUCAUUGAAAAAAUUAUUGUCGAUACAGCACAUUUUAGGGGGAACUUCCCACAGUUUAUUAGUGUGGAAGGUUGCUUGAAGGAGCCAGGAUCAAGUGGUAACAUUGAUGAAAAAACAUGGGUAGAACUAGUUGGAAAGUCAAAGACGGGACCUGACAAAGAGCAUGUGUAUGAGAUACGUAAGAAUAUAAGAGUCUCUCAUGUCAAAUUAAAGAUUAUUCCAGACGGUGGAGUGAAAAGAGUAAGAGUUUGGGGGUACUAA